CCCUUGUAUCAUCAGUCGCCGGCUCAAAAGGGUCGCUGAUGGCGCCUGCGCAGUGCGAACCCGGCCUGACGAGCGGGCAGGCAGAGCUGAGAAGGGAUAGUACUGAGUUGGAGGCGACGCUAGGCUUCCCCUCCCAGGCCAGGAGCGCAUGAGAAGGCAGCCGCCUGCUUCCGCUUUCACGAGGGGAGCCUCCGCGGCCAGCGCCAUCAUGUCGGAGAGGGUCAGCAAGCCUACGUGCCUCAUUGCGGCUAGCGCGGCUGCGGCAGGUGAGGCAUGGCGAGGUGUAUCUGCUGACUCCUUCCUUCACUCUUUUACUCUGGCAAGCUCUGCUUUUAAUCUGCAGGUUGCUACUCCAGGGGGAAAGUCAAUUGAUUUCACUGGUGUUAAUGAUGCAAACAUACGUUGGAUCCAGGACUUCCGUAUGAAAUCUUAUGCAAAUCCUGCCAAGCUGGAAUCAACUGAUGGUGCCAGGUACCAUGCUUUGUUGAUUCCAGACUGUCCUGGUGCUAUGGUGGAUCUGGCAAACAGUGGUUAUUUAGCUAGAAUAUUGCAGCAUUUCAGCUCUGAAAACAAACCCAUUUGUGCUGUUGGACAUGGAGUUGCUGCCUUAUGCUGUGCCACAAAUGAGGACAAAUCCUGGGUAUUUCAGGAAUACAGCUUAACAGGGCCCUCUGUAUGUGAACUAAUAAGACUGCCUAGUUUUGCCAGUUUGCCCAUUAUCUUUGAGGACUUUGCAAAAGAUUCGGGAGCUAACUUUACUGCCAGCAAACCAGAUGCAGUACAUGUUGUGCUGGACAGACACCUUGUCACUGGUCAGAAUGACAAUUCUACUGUUGCAGCUGUCCAGAAUCUUGUUUUUCUUUGCAGUGGCAGCCGAAAAUGAUGGUGGUACUUGUAAAUGGGAUGAAUACAGAAGACUACUACAGUACUUUGGCUUGAGGAAAUGGAACAGAGAAUUCUGCAGUUUCUUAAAGUUGGAACUGUAAAUCCUGUGAAAGUGUCUAAAUGCGUUGAACCUUAAAUGUUUUUCUGCUUUUUAAAAUAUCGUCUUUUACAUCUUUGGUUAAUACAGACAGUAAGGCCUGCUUAAGAUGUAACAUGCCAAACCUAUGGCUUUGUACUAUGGGAACAAAUGAACCUUAGCAUCACACAUUCCUAUAUCUCCUCUUUCAUAUAUGUAAGGAAGAUUGGUUGAAAUAUUUCUCUUUCAACCACAGAUGUCCAAAUUUUUGCUUGUUUCAACCAUUAUCCUUGCGCAGGCAGGAUCUAUGCUAGGUCUAUAUGGUAAUUAAAUGUGUAGUAAAAUCUGAGAAUGUCUGUUCCUGUUACACUUUCAGCUAAAAGUUUUGAAUUAGGUUUCAGAUCGAAAUUAUUUGAAAUUUACAGUAAGUUUCAGUUCAGUAAACUACAAAAUUGAUUCCCGAUUCUGUGAACUGAUUUUUUUAAUAAGGCGAAGACCAUGAAGAAUCCUAUACACGUAGAAAGUACAAAUGAAUGGAGAAAAAAUAAUCUUAGGGCUUUGGUAACAGUGUGCUGGUUGGUUAAUGCUUUUUUAAAGGUUAUUUUAUUUAAAGGAACUGUAUUAUUUUCCACAUGAUUAUUCAUUGUACAGAAGUCCCUUUUUACUACUACAGAAGAAAGUUUGAAAAGCUGUCUCAGUUGGACUGAAUAAAUAUUUCACCCUGUUAAAA